AUGGGCAAACGACCAAAUUUUCAAAUCACUGUGGUAAUUAAUGAGCUCACAAACCUGCCACAGGUCUCUGGGAAUUCAUGGAUUAGGUGGUUUGUUAAAGACUCACCAAAGCCUGAAGCCCGUGGAAAAACAGAUAAACACCAAGUUAAAGAGCAUCGCGUCAAUUACGGAAGUCAUACAAUUUCAUUUACUCAUCACAUUCGUGUUUCAACACGUACUUCGACUUUAAAAGAAUGUAUUGUUGUUUUUGAAGUCAUUUGGGAACACAAAAAUUCUGCAGAAAAAAUCAACUUGGGAAAAGUCGAAGUAAAUUUGUCCGAGUUUGCCAAUGUGGAAACUGCGCAGCCAACACGCUUUCUUUUGAAAGACAGUAAAAUCAACAGCACGUUAAGUUUAACUAUUGUGUUGAAACAACUUUCGGGAACAAAAAGUUAUAAAGUACCUGAACCAACUUCACGAGUAUUUGGUGAUAUAUCAUCCACUUUGAACAAUGAUAUUGGUCAUGGACUGAGUGAUGCUAAAAACACAUUUGGUUCACUUUCAAACUCGACCUUUUCUGUUCAAUGGCAUUCGGUUGUGGAAGGUGAUUGUCACCCGCGAGCUUGCAUCAAUGACAUUUUUAAUGGCGGGGACGGACUUGUAGGAGUGUGUUCCGUUCCCGCAGAGAACAACGGAUUGGCUGCCAAAGAGAAGCCCAAGAAAAAAGAGUUAAAUACUGCUAAGAAGGCAAACCUUAACAACACCUUUGGUCAAGAAAAAGGAAUAUUUGAGGGUGGAGAAGGAAGAAAGCCAAAGACUUCAACCAACUUGAGCGAGCUGGCAUUGCUCAAUGACGGUAAAAUCAGGCCAUUAAUAAUGACAGAAGAAGACGUUAGAGAUAGCCUCCAAUCAUGGCGUAUUGAAAACAUUGCUGCCAAAUAA